AUGGUGAAACAAAGUAAAGUGAAGAAAGCAGUUCUGACGUAUCACGCCAACAACGAAAAGGAACGUAAGAAGGACGAGCUGAAGAAUGAGAGGAUGCGUAUGCAGAAGUUGAUGCAAGAGGAUGAAGAGGGUUACAGGUAA